CAGGAUAAGGAGAAAGAGCGUUUCCAAGAUGAGAGGGAAGUCGACGAGAAAAAAAUCGCUUGGCCCGCCGAUAAAGAUGCUUAUGAGCUUGGCGAGGUCAUAGGUAUCGGUGCAACGGCCGUCGUUCACGCAGCAUUCUGUCGACCCCGGGGGGAAAGAUGUGCUAUAAAGCGAAUUAAUCUUGAGAAAUGCAACACAUCGAUGGACGAACUUCUCAAAGAGAUUCAGGCAAUGCGCGCCUGCAAUCACCCGAACGUCGUUUCGUAUUAUUCCUCGUUCGUUGUGCGAGACGAACUGUGGCUCAUCAUAAAACUUCUUGCCGGCGGCAGUUUACUCGAUAUAAUCAAACAUCAAAUGAAGGCCGAAGAUUGCAAACACGGUGUUUUCGACGAAGCAACGAUAGCGACUGUUCUUCGCGAGGUUCUCAAGGGUCUCGAAUACUUCCACCACAAUGGCCAAAUACACCGUGACAUCAAGGCUGGCAACAUUCUGCUCGGCGAGGAUGGCACUGUACAGAUAGCAGAUUUCGGAGUAUCCGCUUGGAUCAACACCGAUGGCUUCAAUCGAACGAAGUCCCGGCACACGUUCGUUGGAACACCUUGCUGGAUGGCUCCUGAAGUCAUGGAGCAAGUUACCGGUUACGACUACAAGGCGGAUAUAUGGAGCGUCGGGAUCACCGCGCUCGAACUGAUAACCGGAAGCGCACCUUAUGCGAAAUACCCACCAAUGAAAGUUCUCAUGUUGACUCUACAAAACGAACCGCCUACGCUUGAUACGUGUUCAUCUGUUCGCGACCAGUACAAGGUGUAUGGCAAGACGAUUCGAAAAAUGAUCUCAGAUUGCCUCCAGAAGGACCCGUCAAAACGACCCACAGCAUCGGAGCUCUUGCGCCAUCCUUUUUUCAAGAAAUCCAAAGAUAAGAAGUAUCUGACUCAAACUCUCCUACUUUGCACUCCAAAAAUGGAUCAAAGGGCACAGAAACUCCGAAGGUCGAGAAGAGGCAGCGAGCUGCUGGGUCUCAAAUACAGACGGAACUCCCGGAGGGGAUCUCUCAAUCCCGAUACGGGGGACUGGGUUUGGUCCGAAGAUGAGGAAGAAGACGACGAGGAGGACGAACAGCACAAUGUCGAUCAGAACGACGACGAGGACUCCGAUGACGACGAUCAAGUCGUCCACAUAGCUUCUCCGGAGGAAAAAGCCAGGAGACAACGGGCCAUCGAACAAGCGAACCAAAGCACAUCGUCUUCCGACGAUGAGACCGAGAGGAGCGAGAAAGCGUCUUUAGCUACGAUUGCUGAGCCCAAGUCGACCGAGCCCGCGGUUGACGUACCCCAAAUCAUGAUCAAUGACAAUGUGGAGAUCAAUCUGGCGCUCCGGAUACGGAACCACCGACGAGAAUUGAACGACAUAAAGUUCCAGUACUUGAAGAGCAGGGACAGCGCGCAAGAAUUGGCUGCAGAACUCGUGGGAGCCGGUCUCGUGCCUGAGCGAGACCAGGACAUUGUCUCUCGGAGUUUACAGCAUCUCGUGCAGAAGGCAGAGCCCGGGAAAUCGAUAGUUUUCCCACUAUCCCCAUCUCCAGCGUGGCCCGAGCCCGACCAACAGCGUCUGAUAGGCUUCGCUCAAAUCAAAAUCGUUGCUGAUUGA